AUGCUUUCGUCACAGCGCCAAGUGCUCAGCGGAUCGACGGCCAUUGCGGCUCCGACCUCGCUCGACGACUACAUGGCCCGCACACGCAACCCCGUCCCCGAGCAGGCCACUGGCAGCACCGGCGGCGGUGGUGUUGGUGGUGGUGGAGGAGACGGCUGGGGAUCCUCCCAUAGCCACGGCGGCGACGACGACGAUCACGGCCACGGCCACAGCCACGGGGGCGACGCGUGCUGCAAGGACGGCGACGGCAGCGAAGGCUUCACCAACAAUCUACCCAUCGAUCAACGGUGCUGGAAUAGCAUUGUUCUGAACAACUUUGAUCCCUUUUGGAAGCUGCUCGAGUCCCGCCCAGAGCUCCUAUUCCGGAGCGAUGCUGAAGGUCGCUCAGCGCUGCACUGGGCUGCGGCGCACAACAAUGUUCCUGCCAUCCAGCAAGCGCUCGCACUUCGCUUGAAGCCGGAUGUCCGAGCUGCUCAAACCAACCAGACACCGCUUCACUGGGCUGUAACGAAGGGCAGCCUGCAGGCUGUGCGAGCUCUGCUGAACGCAGGAGCGGAUUUGAAUGCCGUCGACUCGCUUGGCGUGAAUGCCAUCAUUCUUGCCAUCCAGCACAAGCAAUUCCUCAUGGUACACUUCUUGUUGUCGUGCGGUGCAAGCCUGGACAGUGUCGACUUGUACGGCUGCAGUUGCGCACACUGGGCCGGAUACGUCGGCUUUUUGGCCAUCAUGAACCUGUUCAGCGUCCGUCAACUCUCAGCCAUCGACAAUCUGGGCAUGACAACGCUCCACCGGGCAGCAGAUGCCGGGCAGCUCGAAAUGGUCGAGUACCUGCUUUCGUUCAAGCACGAUCUGGACAUUAACGCCACCACCAAAGCAGGACACACGGCUCUUGAUCGCGCAACCCUCAAGCGUCACCUCGAACUUGCCGACCUAUUGGUCUUGUCUGGGGCGAAGGGCAACUAUGACGCGUUUGGACAGUCGCCACUGGUGCUCCGCAAGCUGGGGCUGGGCCGUUGCUACUCGACGUUGGCACCCAUUGCCUCGCGCUAUCUGCGAUUCCUCCUUCGUUUUUCCAAUUCAGGCUCAAUGAUGUGGGUUUGGCUGUGCGUCUAUGCCAUGGCGUUCGUGAAUGUGUUUUGGAGCAUGUCCUUUGAUCGGCCAGAUGGUGACUACCGCACCGGCCCCAUCAUCUUGCAUUUUCUCCUCAAGCUGCUGCUUGUGGCCCUAGCAGUCUGCUAUGGAAUCCUUCUUUUCAUGGAUCCCGGUGUAGUCGACACCUCCCAGGGCAAAAAUCGCAUUCAACUUCUAGUCCGGCAGCUUUUGGACGAGAGUGAAAAGGCGUCCUCAAUUUCAAUGACAAACACGGACGUGUGUCCCACGUGCCAAGUCAUCAAGCCGGAUCGCUCCAAGCAUUGCCGCUCGUGCCGUCGUUGCGUGACUCGAUUUGACCAUCACUGUGUGUGGAUCAACAACUGCGUGGGCGAAAACAACCAUCGCCUGUUUUUCGUAUUUAUUGUCAUCCAGCUGUCUGCUCUCGUGCUGGUGGCUGCCCUGAAUUUGCUGGGCUUGUACGACCGAUUCGAUUGGUCAUUGCCGUGGAAGGAGAUGGCCGUUGCGCUCGGCGGAUUGGGCAUCAUCCCCAUUCUGGUCACAAUCAUUGCGGCGGCUGGUACCGUGAUCACUUACAUGCUUGUCAAGAACAACCUCGAUUUGAUGGUGAACAAUCUGACAUCAAACGAGACGAUGAACGCACCGCGCUACCCCAAGUUCUGGCGGCAUCAGAGCAACGAGGAAGGCCAUAAUUUGAGCAAGUUUGUCAACCCUUACGAUCUCGGCAGCUCGCGCAACAAUCUCCGCGCAUUCUGGAUGCGUCCGAUCUGGCCUUCGACGUCGGCGUCCUCCUUCUCUGGGAAGAGCAGCAUGGCUUGA